AUGGGAAUUGGUUCUCUGAACAUCAGUCAAACUGUGGCAUAUCCAGUAGUGCCUCCUUGGAUGUUAGAAGAAUUGAAGGUUGAUUUAGGACUAUUGGAGGAAAGGAAGAAAGAUGGAGUGGAUAAGUAUGGGGUAAGCAAAUAUAUAACAGGAAAAUACAAAGAGUGUGUAAAGGUUUUUACAGAUGCAUCUAAAAACAUUGAGAAGAGAGUAGGGGCAAAAAGGAUAAAUGAUGACCUAGCAGUGUAUACUGCUGAACUGGUUGCCAUAUGGUUAGCACUCUUGUGGCUAGAGUCUAACAAUUGUCUGCAGGCAUUGAUUGCCUCUGAUUCAAGUUCAGCAAUGUUCAGUAUUCAGAACUAUCGGUCUGAUUCAAGGGAAGAUAUUUUAAUUGAAAUUUUACAGCAAGCAAAUGGAAUACAAGCAUCAGGAAGGAGGGUGACAUUCUUAUGGGUUCCAGCCCAUAUAGGAGUGGAAGGUAACGAAAUGGCCGAUGAGCAUGCAAAGAGAGCAACAUAUAAAAGCAAUAUAGAUAUAGAUGUAAAGUAUAGUAAAGCAGAGAUAAAAAGUAUAAUUAAGGCUAAAACUAUUAAAAAGUGGCAACAUAUCUGGGAUAAAGGGUGCUCAGGAAGACAUCUAUAUAGGAUACAAGGGAAAGUGGGAAAAGGCACACACAUAGCCAGAUCAAGACAGGAAGAAAUUGUGCUGACUAGGAUGAGGUUGGGUCAUACAAAGUUGAAUAGUACAAUGUUUUUAAUAAAAAAGCAUGGAGAUGGAAAUUGUGAGUAUUGCCAGAGUAAUACACCUGAAACAGUAGAGCAUGUAAUAAUGUACUGUCAUAAAUACAAUGAGGCAAGGCAAAGGCUUGUUAAUGAGUUGAAAGCAAAGAAAAUGUCUUUAGAAACUAAAACACUAUUGAACAGAAGUUCAAGGGAGAAUUUUGAUUUCUUACUUUUUUUUUUGAAAAGUACAGGCCUUUUAAAAAGGAUAUAA